AGAGCUUGAGUCAGCCUUGAACUUAAAUAGUGCCAGCUGACAGCAGCAGCCGCGCGGGCGGUGGCUCGCGCCAGAUCCACUGCGGACACUCGAGCCCCAAUCCAGCAGCGCUGCUCAGCCGUUGCGGCAAUUCGUUUACGCGACAUUUGCAGCGCUGCACCAGCUUUAAGCGCGCGUUGGGAGGAGCCCUGGACGCAGCCUGCGCCAGCGCCAGCCCUAUUUUGCUACCAGCGCGGCUACGGCUGCUUGCCAUGAUAGCUGUGCUUUUGACGUGAUCUGUAGCGGUGUUUGGCGCUUACGGAACCCAGCCUAACAGCGCUAGGGCUUGGACCUGCACCCGUUUACUUCUCCAGCUAAUUCAUCUCCUGUAACGUGCUCAGGGCGUAACACGGUAGUUCACAACAGUAAAACACCAGUAGCGCACAGCUAACAGCGCUGCAGUAGCGUGGUACGGAUUCUCCUGAGUAUUUCAGGCCUUCUCCCCACAGCUUUUGCAUACAAGUAUUCUCUUUGCUCCUCUUCUAAGCUCUCAUACACACACGCUGCUCUCCCUCUGAAACCUACUGCUUCAUUUGACAAGUGCCCAGCCAAGCGUCCAGCAACCCACACAGCUUUCCUUCAAGUUUAUACGCAUAGCGUCUUCGUUAGCGUCGUGCGUUUUGUGACACUACGCUUGCGAAACCUGCAAGGCUUGCUCAGACACCCGUGCUGCUUGCUGGCCUUCCGCUUUCGAACAAAACCGCGGUCCAGCCCCGGUUCUUUGCAAAUUGCAAGCUCUAAAGCGUUCUAUACCACGAGAUGUCCAAGUUCAUCUACGUCACCGUGUGCUUCCCGGGGCCUCCUAAGGUGGAGGCGGACAAGGCUAGCCAUGUGCGAAGCUCUUGGGCUUCCUUCCGGCCCGCUUCCCCAGCACCUUACCGGCCCUCCCUCAACAGCCCCCCGCGCUCACCGGCGUCCUCGGUGGCCAGCGGGCCCCUCCACCACAGCCCGCUGCCUACGUCUCCCAUUGAGACGUAUGAGUGGACAAACAAAUUCAUGCUGGCGAACCCGCCGCUGUUUCAUGUUGAUCCCGAUGAGCCGGACGCUGACCUGCUGGCAGAUCUCUGCAACUUCUGCCAGGUCUCGUGCCCGCGUACCCCCUUCACGCCCGAGGAGGACGCGCGGGCGACCGCCAUUGCCAAGGCCAUAUGCUCUGGCGCCAUUACUACUUACCGCACCGCCAACGCCUUCACGCACCGAUGCUGAAGACUUGGUGGCUGACACGCGCGUGUGGGGCACCCACUCUGCUGGUCUCACUGAUGACGUGAGGACUGAAGACAGUUGUACAUACUUGACGCACAAUUACAUGUGUGAUUCAAUGCGAGUGUUAAUGCGCUGGGCUGUGGCCUCGUUGUGAUUAUGCCCGCCCGUCCAUCCGCCCGACACGACCUAGCUAGAUAGACAGUGGCAGGUUCGGGCUUAGGUAGUGGAGUGCGUGCCCCCUGCUGCUCCCGGUGACUCCUAGCUACGUAGAAUGGAGAACAAGGUGCCCCACUGGCCACUGUUAUGGCGAGUUAGGUAUCACGUGAUGACGCUCAAGUACUUCUUCUUGCUGAGAUAGUGAGGGCGCGGGUGUUUGUGGAUUGUGGAAGGCGCGCGCGUACAUGUGAGUAUCGUAGUAUAGCCCCGCAAGGGGCGCUCUUGAGAUUGCAGAUUUAUUUGGCGCCCUGUGAGAGGGCCUGUCGUGAUCUACCCAUUUGACUGUCGGGUUGCUCUAGUUAUAUUGUUUCUGAGGCGCUACUGUCUUGCCGGCCGUACGUGUGACCGCGUCCCAAGGUCCUAGGGCAGCUAGACGAUAACCAGCGGGCUGCUUCCUUUGGAUUGCAUGGUGGACAAACACAAAGCUUGACACCUGCUGCAAUCCAAUGUAAUCCAAUGUUGUG